AGUUGUAGUUUUUUUUUUUCAAUGUUUCUGCCUUCUGCAAUGGCGACGUCACUUGACGUUGCAGUAUGAAAGGAUGUCGAGAGAAGAAGAGUGCAGGAUCGUCCAUCUGUCUUACUUACACUGGAUUCUCGUACUGGGAGCUAUAGCGCUCGAUAGCAGUCUAAGUUUGGAGUUGGUUCGCCAGGAUGCCCUGCUUUGUCUCUAGAGCAGAUCUAUGGUCAAAAAAGAAGCUGGAGUUUGUCGUCCCGCCCCUACUGCUGUUAGCAGUGUUCGGAGACUACAUCACCACAGUCACCAGCAGCAACAGCACCACCCUCACACCCCUCCGCAGCAGCCCAGCCACCACCACCACCACCACCACCACCAUCACCACCAUCAUCAACAGCAGCAGACUCAGCAGCUCCUGCACAGAUCUUCAGCUGCAGUUGCCAGUAACAGUAGCACUAUGACUACAGAAGACCUAAUCCAACCAGCUCAGGUUGUGAAAGACCGAUGGAAAGUGGUGCGCAAAAUUGGUGGUGGCGGAUUUGGAGAAAUAUACGAGGGGUUUGACCUAAUAACCAAAGAAUCUGUGGCCUUAAAGCUGGAAUCUGCCAAACAGCCCAAGCAGGUUCUAAAAAUGGAGGUAGCUGUACUGAAAAAACUACAAGGCAAAGAUCAUGUGUGUCGCUUCAUAGGUUGUGGCCGAACUGAGCGCUACAAUUAUGUUGUGAUGUCACUGCAAGGCAAGAAUUUAGCUGAGUUACGACGUAGCCAGCCUCGCGGUUGCUUCUCACUUAGCACAACUCUUCGACUUGGAUCUCAGAUCCUCUGGGCUAUAGAAUAUAUUCACGAAGUAGGCUUCCUUCACCGAGACAUAAAACCUUCCAACUUUGCCAUGGGUCGACUUCCACAUAAUUGCAAAAAGGUUUACAUGUUAGACUUUGGCCUGGCCCGCCAGUAUACAACCUUAAAUGGAGAAGUUCGACCACCACGUGCUGCCGCUGGCUUCCGGGGUACAGUACGCUAUGCUUCAGUAAAUGCACAUAAGAAUAAGGAAAUGGGUCGACAUGAUGACCUGUGGUCAUUAUUUUACAUGCUGGUGGAAUUCAUGGUUGGGCAGCUGCCGUGGAGAAAAACCAAAGACAAGGAGCAGGUGGGAACCAUGAAGGAAAAAUAUGACCAUACGCUUCUCUUGAAAAAUAUGCCAUCUGAAUUCCGCACGUUUCUUGACCACGUCAGCGAGCUGGACUAUUACGACAAGCCAGACUACAGCUUGUUACACAACCUCUUCGAUCAGUGCAUCCGGAGAAAGUCGAUUCGAGAGAGCGACCCUUACGACUGGGAGAAGCUGUCCGGCGACGGAUCCCUCGCCACAACUACCACAACGACAUCACCCCCAGUCGCUAUCAAGCAGACCCCUGGAGCAAUUCCUGCCCACCUUCAUGGACCACAUACUCCAGGUCAUGGUGCCACAGACGUGAUGGAUGAAAACUUCAGCUAUAACCAAGAAGAGGACCAUGCUGACACGAAGAAAGGAAACAUCGAUCUGAUUAUUGACAACCACAUGUACAAAAGUGAGAUGGAUAAUCGACUUCGUGAAGAACAGAAAGAAAGAAUGUGCCAGAAGAAACAGUUGGAGCAACUCGAGAAGGAUGAAUGGAAGUGCCGAUCUGAGCAAGGAAGCAAAGAAAUGAUUGUGGACAAGGCCGAGAUUCUAAAAGCUGACAAGGCUCAGCUCUCUAUUGCUGGGGGUCAAAAGUCUUCGUCUGACCUUGCUGUUCUCGACAAUCAGCUGCGCCAUAUUCUCAAGCCAACACCCGACGAUCCCGGCUGCAGUAAAUGCGAUUGCGUCAAGAGCACAUCAGAGAAGAAGGAACUGGGCGAGGACAAGGAUGUGCAGGCUGUUGAGGAGGAUCGGGGCAGCAAAGGUGCAGUGAGCAGCAAAGGUACUAAAGAAAGUGGCGAGGAAAAGAAUGGCGAGACUCUCAUAAAAUUAUCCCAUAGUCCAAAAUCUCAUGGUGCUAUUGAACCAAAAGUAACAUCAGGUACCAAGACCCCUGUCGAGAGUCCCGAGAAAGACAAUACUCAAAAUCACUUCGAGAAGAACUCAAAAGCGGAGCACAUGUGCAACAUAACUGAGCAUACAAACCCAGUCAACCCACAGCAGAUUCUCACAGUUAGUGGAGCACCAACUCAGGGAGAUGACAAAACUCAAACCCAUAUGGAUGCUACAAACGCAUUCAAUGAUGAAUUUGCCACAAAGGCUGCCCCUUAUACCGUAAUAAGUCACUGGAUUGGAAUAUCUGCAUUUGGUUCAAGCUCCGAAGAUGAACACGACCACGAUCACGACAGCGAACAUGGUAAUGACACCCGAGGACCAAGCGUUGAUAGUAAAUUAGUGAAAGUACGUGAUAAAGUAAAAUAUUCUCACCAGAACACGCUAGCGGAUGAAGUAUCCAUCCGGCCAGACAGCGCAAAUAGGAACUCAAUGACAUUAUUGGACGAUGGCAAAGACGCGUUCAACAUUUUAGCCUGCUCAGACGAAGCUGUUGACACCAAUGCAGUAGAUGCAUCGGCUGCUGUGAAAAAUAAAGAUGUGAAUGCAAUUAACUGGGAGGAAUCAAAAUUUUCUUUUCCAGAGGACUCUUCAGAGCACGCACUUCGAAGUAUUCCCCGAUCGUUUACCAUUCCUGAUGGAAAUGUCCAAUUUACUCCAUCAAGCCCUAGUAAAAUGCCUGAAAAACUUGUGAAAGAUAUUGGGAAUUUGAUAGGGUCACCACUAAAGCAUCCGUUCAGCGCUACAAGGCGCUUUUUAAAGGUUCGCAGCAGUCUAUCCGAUAAGAAAUCUGGUUCACAAUCAAAGGGGGGUGUACUUGGGAAGCCCCCCUUAGCACAACUUACUGUUAAGUCUAGCCCCAAGCACCACAAACGAGGAGAUAGUGAUGUCGGUUUAAGUGACCACUCAGACUGUGCUGUGUCAAGAUUUUUACUAAGUCUAACGAAAGAUGACAAAGCUCUGGAUAAUAUUAGUGUCAGUUCUCUAGGGUCCAGGCCAGAUCUGGCUCUUGAUCCCGAUGGGAAUUAUGUUUUGUCACCUGGGGAAGCCAGCGUAACUCUUACUUCACAGCAGGGUCCCUUUAGGAACAACGAGGAUUACGCCUCUUUGGCCGAUCCUCAUAGUGGCUAUACAGAGGACAUGUGUAGCAGGAAACAUUUCCGAAUAGGUGGUAGUAGGCAACGCUCUACAUCAGAAUCACGAAUUAGUAGAUCUCGGACUAAAAACAGUCAAAAAUUAGCAAUGACCAGUUCGUAUGAACAAGCUGUUGAUUGUUCUGGUAGCAAUGCCUUAAAACCUCUGGCUUCUUCUGAACAAGGAACAAGCUUCAGUCCUAAGCCUCCAGGCCAUGCGCCACGGAAACCCAUUGUUUCAGCAAGAUUGAGUCAUCUGUAGAAGGUUGAUGAAAAAAAAGGAAGGAAAAAAAGAGCAUGAGAAAAAGAAAGGAAGAAAAGAGAACAAUCUGUUAAGGAACCAAUAACAACAACAACAACAGCAACAUCAAUGAAAAUUAAGGCAAUGAUGGAGGAGGAGAUAGGGGGUUGGAGGAGGAGGCUCAGAAAGAAGGGAAAGAUGGAAGGAAGGCAAGCUAGUGAAGAAGAAGGACAACAACAAUAACACAACCAGCAAUUAUUUGAAAGGGGGACAAAAAGCACACAAAAACAAAAGAAGACCAAUCACCGUAAACACUGCAUAACUACCACUACCACCACUGCUGCUGCUACUACUACUACUACUGCUUCUUCUGCAACCUCUACCUGCACAAUUGCUUCUACACCACCACCACUGCCUCUACCAUUUCACUGCACCUUCUGCCACCACCACUGCUUCUAUCCCCUACUAUAACUACAUGCACCACCACCACCACCACUACUACUACUUCUACUACUACCACCACCAUCACCACUGACAGUGGCAGCAGAUGUAAGGAGUAAAAAACACAGGCAAAAGUUCUUUUUAACCCCUCCUUCCUCUCUUCUAUCUCUUACUGUCACUCAUGUACACUUAUCUACGGACCCUUUUUUUAGGAGGGCACUUUCCGUUUGCACUGCGACCCCACCACAGCUUUGUUCCUCACCUGCCCUCACAGCCACCACCAUCACCAGCACCACCAACCAUCACCACGUCAGAUGCUCUGCCUUACCUAAUUCUUCCCCUCCGUCCACUCCUCCUCUUCAUCAUCGCCAUUCCUUCCUUCCUCUUCAUCGUGUCCUCGGUCUUGUGUCCACCCUUCAUCCCAUUCGAUCCGAUCCACUCCGAUCCAUGCUCCCCCCUACCCCACCACUCCCCAGCCUACUUCACUGUCGUUCACUGAUGUCAUCCGGUUUUCUAGCAGAUAUCCUUCCACCACCAUCAUGCCACCCUGAACCCCUAGAGUAGAAGGCGGGUAGGUAGUGCAUAUGACCACCCCUUUCACUUCUGACCCAACCAGUACUACUACCACCACCACCGCAAGCACCACCCCUAGCCUCACCAUUAGCACCAUCACCACCACCAUCACCACCAUCAUUAAUGACCACUGUUGCCUGUGCUGCCUGCAUAUAAACAACAACAACGACAACACCCAGGAUUGUCAGAUCCUCCCUCCUAUAGCACCAUCCCUAAAGACAUCUCAUACCAGCAUCAACAACACCAGCAUCAACAACAAUAACAUGCAAUGCUGCCUUGACCAUCAAUGCCACCAAAACAACAACAACAUCAAACAAUGCUAAUGUCACUUGUAACUGCAAGAACACCACCAACAUCACAGGCAGCAUCAACAACACCAUCACCACCUGCAAUAAUAAUACCACCACUAAAAGUACUACUACCAACACCAUCACCAACAUCAACAAUACCUAACACUACCACCGACGACAAUGCCAUACCACCACUAACAGUACUGCUACCAACACCACCACCAACAUCAACAACACCUAACACUACCACCGAAGACAAUGCCAUACCACCACUACCAGUACUACUACCAACGCCAUCACCAACAUCAACAACACCUAACACUACCACCGACGACAAUGCCAUACCACCACUACCAGUACUACUACCAACAUCAACAACACCUAACACUACCACCGACGAAAAUGCCAUACCACCACUACCAGUACUACUACCAACACCACCACCAACAUCAACAAUACCUGACACUACCACCGACAACAAUGCCAUACCACCACUACCAGUACUACUACCAACACCAUCACCAACAUCAACAAUACCUAACACUACCACCGACGACAAUGCCAUACCACUACUACCAGUACUACUACCAACACCAUCAACAACACCUAACACUACCACCGAUGACAAUGCCAUACCAUCACUACUAGUACUACUACCAACACCACCGAUGACCUCAACAGCAACACCGACAGUACCACUGUUCUUUUCCAAAGGAUGCUGUUCCUGGGUACCUUCAAGAAAACUGGGUGGAGAGGAGAUGUAGCUGCCUUAACAUCAGAAUCCUUCCUCUUCCUUCUGCUCCUCCUCCUCCUCUUCCUCCUACCAAUUAUUUUUCCUUCUUUCUGGAAGACAUGGAACAGACUAACGAUACAAAUUGACGAUGAGGAUGAUGAUAACAAAAAUAAUAAUAACGAUGUUAAUAAUAAUAAUAAUAAUAAUGAUAAUGAUAAUGAUAAAAAAUAUUAAUAAUAAUUCUUUUUAACAACAACCGUGAUAAUGAUGAUGAUGAUGAUGAAGAAGAAGAAGAAAGAAAAAGAUCAAUCAAAAAAAAAAUACCGACUACCACCACUACCGCUACCACCACUGCAACACACACUAUCACCACACAUGGAUUAACUAAAUACAUUAUAUACAAGAUCCUCUCUACCUCCACCUUCUCCUCUUCCUCUUCCUACCACUACUACUACUACUACUACUACAAUCCCACCGACCCACCCACUGACCUCAACAGCUGCCUCCACAUCCAAAGCAAUGCAAAUUUGGCAGAAUGAUAAACAAAUUAAUGAAUGAAGGAACAAAUAAUAAUAAUAAUAAUAAUAAUAAUAAUUGACAAGACGUAAAAAUUCGGAUCGGUGAUGGUUGUAGUGGGGAAUGGAGAGCAAAAGCUUAUUCUUCUCUCUCUCUCUCUGUCUUUGUCUUUCUCUCUUCCUCUCUCACACAUCUUUAUCUCUUUUCCUUUCUUAUGAUUCCCUUCUCUCUCUCUUCUCUCUCUCUCUCUCUCUCUCUUACGUUUUCUUUGCCUUUCUUUCAAUCUGACUGUCUCUGUCUCUCUCUUUUUCUCUCUCUCUCUCUCUCUCCUACCUUUUCUCUCAUCCCCUUUCCUAAUUAUUCUCUCCAUUCCCUGCUACCACCAGCACCACCCUCCUCCUCUGCCCACGUAUGCCCCCUCCCCCCUCCUGCCAAUCUGACCAUCCAAUCAAUAAAUUAAAAAGAUCUCCCACCCCAACCACCACCACUACCAAAAAAGGCAAGUUCUCUGUUAAAACCUAAGACAUCAAACAGAAUCAAACACAACAAUUACAAAAAAAUAAACUUAAUUAACAAUUAACUAAGUAAUAAAAACAACAACAAAAGCAA